CUUGAAGAAUAAAAAUCAGAGCACAGGGGGUCGGUGAAGGAUCUGAAGAUGGCUGGGCGAAAACUUGCUCUAAAAACCAUUGACUGGGUAGCUUUUGGAGAGAUCAUACCUCAAAACCAAAAGGCUAUUGCUAAUAACCUGAAAUCUUGGAAUGAGACCCUCACCUCCAGGUUGGCUGUUCUACCUGAGAAUCCACCAGCUAUUGACUGGGCUUACUAUAAGGCCAAUGUGGCCAAGGCAGGCUUGGUGGAUGACUUUGAAAAGAAGUUUAAUGCCCUAAAGGUUCCUGUACCAGAGGAUAAAUAUACUGCCCUAGUGGAUGCUGAAGAAAAGGAGGAUGUGAAAACCUGUGCUGAGUUUGUGUCUCUCUCAAAGGCCAGGAUUGAGGAAUAUGAGAAAGAGCUGGAGAAGGUGAGGAACAUAAUUCCAUUUGAUCAGAUGACCAUUGAGGACUUGAAUGAAGUCUUUCCGGAAACCAAAUUAGACAAGGAGAAGUAUCCCUAUUGGCCCCACCAGCCAAUCGAGAAUUUAUAAAAAAUUGAGUCUGAGAGGAAGUUCUGGCCCUUAUAUUACACACUCUGGACAUUAAAGAUAAAAAUAAUUAUGUAAAAAAAAAAAAAA